UAUAGAACCUGCAAUUUCACUAGAAUCAGAAAGUUUCACUUUGAUAUCUUACAGUUAGUAUGCGUGUAGCAUGCAAAUAGACCACUAAACUGAGUCAAUAGGUUUAUUCACUCGGUCUAUUUGACUAUAGAUUAUAGGAGGAGCCAUGUGAAAUAUAAUAUAACAUUAAUAUAGAUAUUCCAAUUCAUACCGAGAACGAAAUUGAUAUUCUAAAGUGAAAAGGGAAGUAGCCUAGAACAGAAAGCGUGACUUGAGUUUCUGUUAAUGGUCUGCGAAAAUACACAGUACUCUCGGAAUCUUGGAAUUUACCUCCACACUCACAGCUGAAAGAUGGUGAAGAUGAACCCACUGUUUAUGAUCCUCCUCCUCUCCACAUCCUUAGAGCUGGUCAGAGGAGGCUGUUCGUCAUGUGACGCUCCUCCAUCUCCAUGUAAGUUGUGUGUCCAACGUCCUGUUUAUGUCCGGGAGGGAGAAAUGGCAGUGCUGCAGUGCCCGCUGCGGACCACCAGGGCAGGGCACAGGGAGGGGAACCUGACCCUGGCAUGGCGCAACCACUCUGGGCCUGGGGAGCUGCAGGAGCCUGUGGUGUGGAGGUCUGAAGACACUCUCGUCAUCUUGAGGGUCUCCCCCAACGAACAGGGGUCCUACUCCUGCUCACUGCUCAAUGCCAGUGGCCAGCCCCUGAGGACAGCGUGGUUUAACAUCACAGUGUUCUCUGGUCAGUGCUACACAGACAUGGAUGUGUAUCUAUCAACUUGCUAUCUGGGAGAGUCCUGCGAAAAGUAUACAUGCACGUCGGACCACAGCAUCCCACAAAACUUCACCAAACUGAAAUAUACGUGGUACAAGAACUGUGACACAGAGUUACCCUCUGACUUUGGCGAUGGAUACCUGGAAAGUGCUACUGAGAGUGACAGUGGUUACUAUACCUGCACUUCAUACUAUACAUACAACUCAAACCUCCAUGAUGGACAGGUGUUUACCUUGUCCAAAACCAUGGAGCGGACAAUUAAACAAGGAAGUUCCCAUUUAAAGCCAAAGAUCAUUAGCCCUCAGGAUGGGGAGUUUAUUGAAGUACAUAUGGGAUCCACUGUGGUGGUGGUCUGCAGGGCUGUCCUGUCCUCUGAAUUUGACUCCUUCCACUGGAUGGAAAACAUAUCUUUUGUGGAGGAGAACAUGGAGGCCCUACCAGUGUUUUACAAUACUUCACAAGAGAAUGGCCAUCACCUGGUAUCGCUGGUGAUCAGGCAGGUGUCCGAGGAGCAGCUGAGGAACAGAUACACCUGUAAAUUGGAGUAUCCAUCUGGGACCUCCAACGUCUCUAUCACCUUCAAACAGAGGAGUCCACCCCAGUUUCACUUCCUGGUGCUGGGUAUAGUAGGGGUCUUUGCCGUGACGGUGGUGGUGGUGACUGUUGUCUAUGUCAAGCUGAAGGUGGACCUCAUUCUGUUUCUCAGAGAUGAUCUGGGUUGGCAUCAUCACAACACUGCUGAUGGGAAGCGUUACGAUGCCUAUGUGUUGUGUUAUAAGAGUGACUCAAAGUCAGGCGUCAGUGAGGAGGACAGGCGUCAGGUGGAGGAGGUGCUGGAGGAGGAGUAUGGCUACAGCCUGUGUCUCUACGACCGUGACGUGCUCCCUGGGGAGGCGGUGGCUGAGGCGGUGCUGGGGUGUAUCGAGCAGAGCCGGAGACUGAUCCUGGUGCCCAGCAGCCUGGGGCUGAACCCAGGGCAGGACAGCCAGUAUGGUCUGCUCACUGGGCUCCAUGCUGCACUGGUGGAACGGCAGACCUGGCUAGUCCUCAUCCAAACAGAGUCAGCCCCAGACAGCCAGGUGGAUCUGGAGCUGGACUCCCUCCCUGAGGCCCUGCGGCUGCUGGCCCAGUCAGGACACACCGUCACCUGGAGGGGCUCCCACUCCAAACCCCUCUCCUCACCCUUCUGGAAGGAGCUGCGCUACCGUAUGCCUGCCAGGACCAGACGGCGCCCCCCAAAGGAUGUUUCCUCAAGGUACAGAGCUAGGAUCAGCUUCCCCUCCCCCAAUCCUCAACCAUUAGUGGGGACAAUGCUAAACUGACCCAAGGUCAGCAUCUAAGGCCAACUUCACCCUACUCCGAUUAUACUGUAUAUUAGGACAAGAUGGGGGAAUGUUAUACCAUAACAUUAUUAUGUAGAUCAUGUUAUUACAACAGAAUCCUCCAGACAGCCUAUAGACCUGUUACCCUGAAAGAUGAGUGAAAUAAAUGCAUCUAACGUGAUUAAUGUGCAAUUAUUACCUACAUGAGUGAAAUCGUUUAUUUGUAAUUUUUUUAAAAGCAGCUUUUCUGUGUUGGAAUGGUGCUGCCGUACUCCCAGCAACAGAAUGGUGUGGGCGUAUACUGGUCAUUAAAAAUAUUCAUGCGAAUAGACCGCUGAUUGGCAAUGAGCUCAGCCAAUGAGCCAACAUGACAUCAUGUUCUAUGAGGCAAUAGCAAGUGGUGUAUUUGAGAUAUAGGUUUGAGGUGGGGGGUUUUGUGGGGGGUUUCUCAAAUGUAUGCUUUGGCCACAAAUAUGAGUAUAGGACAUUAUUUGGUUAUGAGUUAAUGGAAUAUGAACUUUUAAAAGUGAGAUUUUCACUGGACAGUUACUUUAAGACCCAUUGACUUCCAUUCAAAACUACCACGGCAUGCUCUGCUUGUCCAGUGGACAGAAUAAUUGUCUUUCUCGCUCCACCUGUUUCUCUCUGUUCCCAGUCGGGGGCCAGACCCCCCCAAAAAAACGUUCAUUGAUUCAAGGAAAGACCACACGCACAGCAGCAAGUCACACCUGAAUGUACGUACACUCCCCAGAAACAUGAAACAGAAGUGACAUAGAGAAGAAAUGCAUUAAUUCCUUGGCCCUGAUAUUUCAUAGGGCUGUAUGUAGGAGUCUGCUAUGAUAAGAAUCACAAUCGAAUCACCAAGUACAUUUACAUGAACCAUGAAUUUGACCUGGUGAAAGAUGCUGACAACUAUAAACAGAAUGUCCAGACAGGAUAUAUAGAUGAAGAAUUUACACAUAAUCCACAUGAUAUGAGUACGGUAGAUGGGGUUAUAACAGGUAUUGAUGAAGUCAUUUAUGACUGAUUAAAUGUGUCUUGUUUUGUGUUUACUUAUUUUGUGUUUUAGUUCUGUUUUAUCUAGACAGUAGUAGUCCUCAAUGUGGGCAUUUCUUAUUGUGUUUUCAUUGAGCCUUUAUUUGGGUAUUUAAGCCUGGGCAUAAAAUGUGCAAAGGGACUAUGGGACCUGGUCCAAAGUAGUGUACUAUAUGGGACACAGCCUCUCUGAUUCUGUCAACAGAUGUCAAACCAAGUCUUGAGAGGCUGUGCCAAAGCCUGUAUCAUUCAUUACAGAACAUAUCUGUCCACCCUACUCUGUUUGCCAUGUAAUGGUCUGUAUACUCACCACUGUUCAGUAUUACUAAUGUAUUGACACUGGGCUUCAAUAAAUGUUUUACACUUGCAACAAA